UUGAAAUUAUCAGAUGUCAAAGUUAAUCAAAUAGGUUACGUGUAAAAACAUCUGUUUUUAAUUUAUUUACUAAUAUAAACGACUGAAUAUGGAUGAAAUUGAAUAUAAACUGAAAACCAACAAUAGUGUCUUAAUCGUUAAUGCUAUUGACAAAUUAAUUUCCACAAUAAAAUCAAAAUAUCAGCCGGCUGAAAGACAAAAGUUCGUGUUGGAGAACGAAGAACUUAAAUUUUUGAGAGAAAAAUGUUCUUCAGAGAACACUCUAGUCAGUCUUACUGCAUACCAGGGUCUACUAGCACUGGUAGAGUUUGGAGUAUUAGAAAUUGGGCACACUAUGUCCACUGUUAUAACCUUACUUCCAACUGCACAUAACUACUCAGCAACAAUAUCAACAAUGACUGGUUUGUUGAUACUGGAUUUACGAUCUCGUCUUAUUCCCGGUCAACCAUACAAAUGCCAGUUCUCAGUCAAAUCUCCGCAGCAUCCUCUAAUAUCUGUGCUGGAGAAAAACAAAGAUGCUGAAGAUGACGUUCUCGCUCAAAUGCAUGCUUUGUGCACACACCCUGAGUACAAGAUCUCAUCAAAUAGUUUAGAACUACUUCGCUCAGUGUUCUUCUGGCUGAUGUGUAAUCCGCAUCGACAGUGUGCAAGCAUCCGGCCUUGGCAGAUGUUGCUCAGCUUACCGCAGACAGCUGCCCAAUCCGCACUACUCCUUGACUGUGUCUCCUGUCAACAGAUAUGCAAUCCGGCGUUGUUAGAGCGCGCGUUCGCGGCGUACAGCGCUGUAGUGGAUGCCUUCAUCUACCAGCAGCGGAGAGACUAUGUGAUGGCGAUGCUGCCUCUCCUCGCCAGGAUCUCCAAUGAGAUGCUCAGACAUGGACGGGACCCUCGUGCGUGCUACAGCCUGAUAGAGAGGUGCUUCGCCCUGGAGGCGCCUGAGCUGCGAACAGUCGCUGGCUUCACUGUCCUACUGCUGGCUGACAACCUUACACACAGCUCUGCGUUGUACCUACAUGAACUAUUUAACUUGUGUUUAAAUAUAAUAAGUAAAUAUGACUACUCAUUGUUGAGUUUAAACGUAUUUACCGCGUUAUCCCUGCAGUGGCUCCAUCUGCCUUCGUAUUUAACAACAAAUGCAUUAAAAGUAGCGUCAAGUAUAGUUGAUAUAUAUAGAACUGGGAAAAAAGAAGACAGCGGUCUAUAUAUGCCUAAUUUAAAAGCAAACAAAAUAUUCCAAACAUUAUUAUAUACAGACGGACAUCUUUACAAAAUGUUCAAAGUUAUAGAAACGUGGGAACGAUUGAGAGAUGACCCUAAAAAAUUGAAAGAUUGGUUUGAAUCAUUAACAAAAUCAAAUGAUGAUUUAAAAUUAGAUAUCUUACCUUUCUUUGUUAGUUUGAUAUUUGAAAAGAGGAAAGAUUUUGAGGACUUUAUUGUGAAGGCAAUAAGGGUUGUAAUUGAACUGGUUGAUGUGAAAAAAGAAUUGUCAGUUACCGUACUGCCUAUUUUAAUGUAUGUGAUAGCAAAUGAUCCCCAGCCUAGUGUGAAACUGGAAUGCUUGAGGGGUCUACCUUUAAUGGCUAAAACAAAGGAAAAUGUGCCAACUAUCGUUAAUAUUUUAAAUAAAUUGAAAACAAACAAAGGUGUUCCUACUUCUGUUCUUAUAAUGCUAUAUACAAGUCUGGCUGAAACUCAGGUGCGUUGUUUCCCGUACCUACAAGAGUUGUUGGCGGAGGCGCGCGCGGGCAGGCCGGACGACCUCAAGUGGGAGGUCGACGUGGCCAAAGCGCUCGCCGUCAAACGCAUCUGUGAAUUGAGGCCAUCUAGCCACGGUCUAGAGCUAGUGUCGGUGAUUUCGUCGAUAUUAAACAAGUGCACCGACCGGAGCGGCGCGGCGGCCAGCUCGCUGUCGCUGGGCGCGCUGGCGGCGCUGUGGCGCGGCGCCGCGCUGGCCCCGCCCGGCACCUGGCGCGCGCUCGAGCCGCGCCUCGCUCGGGACUCCCGCACACAAGUACAGAUCAGCGGCGAGUACGAGCAGCUGAUGCGUGCGGCGGCGCGCUGGCUGUGGCGGCAGCUGGCGGAGGCGCAGCACCCUGAGCUGGCGGAGGCUGCUGGGGAUGCACUCGCUGCAUUUAAACUGGAAGACUUCACACUCGCCGACGUGCCGGAGAUAUUCAGAAGCACGGUGCGGCUGCCGGCCUCGUACUGCAAGACCCCGGCUGAUGCUGCGAGGAAACCCGAAGAGGUGCUUGAUUACAUACCAUGCGAGGUGUGGGGCGAGGUGUACCGCUGCGCGCGGGGCGGCGCGCGCGGCGCGGGGCGGCUGGCGGGCGCGCUGUGCGGCGCCGAGCUGCGCGCGUACCGCGGCGGGCUGUACAGCACGGAGGGCCGCGGGGAGCCGCGCUCCUACGCCCACCUGCAGCCGCACAGCGUGCUGCGGGGACUCAUGGACUGCUUUAGGAAACAGGUGACGUCACCCACGUUCGAGUACUCGGACGAGGUGCUGCUGGCGAUGCUGGAGACGCUGUCGCAGGAGUUCCCGAAGCCACUGCCGCCGCUGGAGCUGUGCUUCCUGCACGAGGCGCUGCACCGCGGGCGCGCCUGGCGCAGCCUGGGGCUGAAGCUGGCGGCGCGCCAGGCGCCCGUCUCGCCCUCGGCGCGCCGCCUGCUCGACAACUUCCUCGUGGGGCUGCAGCCCGGCCUCUGCGAUGAAGCCGAUGUAAUGUUAAUAUUCGAGUACUUACACAUACUAUGUCGUGGUAUGCCCCCCAACUCCCUCCGCGGGCCUCUAGAGCGUUGCUUAGGAGACUCCUUCUCCUCUCUACCUAAGGCAGUGGGAGAAGAGGAGCCCCUCUUCAUCCAGCAGCUGCGGUACAUCCAGCAGGCCCUCGCCUGCGACAGGAUACAUGACGCCAACAGAACUCUUCUAUCACAGAUUGUGGAGACUUAUUUUGAUGUCAUCCCCGAAGAUAGUGUGGCGUGGGAGGCGUACGUGUCGUGUUGCGUGCUGUUGUCCAGCAAGUACUUGGAGCGCAUGACGUCACCGAGCGGGUGGUGGGAGGUGUGCGCGGGGCGGCUGCGGCGCGCCUGCCGCGUGCGCGCCGCGCUGCCCGCCGCGCUGCCCGCCGCCCACUGCCGCGCGCCGCUGCACUGGCUCAACGAGCUUAUAGACGCGUGCGCACAACUCCCCUCGGUGCAGGAGUACUCCCUUCAGUGCAUGAGGCGGGCGCUGCAGGCCGCGCCGCACGCCGCCAGCCCCCGCGACUGGCUGCUGCAGCUGAUGGCGCGCACGCAGGUCGCCUUCAAGGAAACGGAGGAUGAAUCAGCGAAGCUGUACCUGUGCGAGGUGUUCAUGCUGAGCGUGUGUGUGCUGAGCGGCGUGUGGCGGCUGCCCGCCGCCGCGCCGCCUCCACUGCGCGCGCUGCUGCCCGCCGCGCUCGCCGCACUGCUGGCCAGGGAGCAAUGGAACAGCUGCACGCUGCAGGUGUUAGAGUGGCUGUGCCACACGCGCACCGCCACUAAGGAUGCGGCGACGGCGCGCAGCUGCCAGCGCGCACUGCUCGCACUCAGGCACACGGAGCAGUUCACCUCGCACAAUAUAUGGAUCAAAUUAGAGAGUCAGUUUGCUGUGUCGGAGGUCGGCAGUGCUGAUGAUUGAAAUGUGCCUAAUAUAUUGCUUUGUGCCUUAUACUAGUCUAUAUUAAAAAUGUAUAAUAACCACAAUUUUUUAUAUAUUAAUAUAAUAAAUGAAAAUGUACUGAUUGUUGAUUAAAUGAAAUAAGAUGUUCUCUGUGACUGUUAUGAUCUGAUUAAUAUUUUGUCUGUUUUAGG